CCGCCCGAGGUUCUCCUUGUGGUGGAGCUUUGUAGAGGAUGGGUUUCAUAGGCCAGAUGUGUCCAUUGUGAUCCUUUCCUCUUGCCUGACACAAGCCACAGGAUGACUUCCUAUUUAGGGACUGAAAUCAGGGUUUGGUUUUCGGCAGAACCGGGCCCUGGCCGAUCUCUCUCCCCCGCCCAGCUGCAGUGGGGAGUUCCAGGCCCUCGGCAGUGUUGAGGAGCAGAUCCAGGUUUGGCUCUUAUCUGCCUGUGGUUUAAGGCCCUGUGGUUUCUCUGAAAAAACUUCUGCUUUUCUGCAUGGGCCACUCCUGUUUGUGUGAUUUCACCCUGCCCCCGCCCUGUCUAUCUCUCUGUCUAUUUUCAUUCACUUGGGCAGGGACGGGCAUCUGGGCAAAGUGUCUGCCCAGCGCCGGCAUAGCCGGCCCCAAUCGCUGACUGGGGCUCCCUGUGGGUGGCCGCAGCACAGAGACAGUCUGGCUACAAUGGGCCAGAUGGUCCUGCAGUAGAAAAUGGGGUGUGAUCUCUUUAGCUUCACAGGGACUGUUAAUGACCAGGAAGAAACCGACUGUGGGGGUCGAUUUUCCCACAUCUGCUACUGCGAGUUCUCAUGCCAGGGUUCUGGCACUGCGGGAGACAAGACGGGCCUCAGUUCCGGUCCAGCUUGGCAUUGCCUGAGGAUCUCUGCCCGUUGAGCUCGGCGCGAUCGUGGAUCACGGAGCUGCGUGGGGGGGCAGCAUCCGGGACUCGGUGGGACAGAUGCUUCCCUGACCCUCGUGGGAUACUUGUCCCUCACGUGACCUGGAGCUUCGCAACAAGAUGACCUCCUCCAAUUGCAGCAACAGCAGCAGCAGCUCGGCGGACGCGGUCUUCGUGGGCCUCUACGCCCUCAUCUUCACGCUGGGGCUGGUGCUCAACCUGGCCGCGCUUUACAUCUUCUUCUGCUGCAGCAGCAUCCGCUCCCUCACCACCGUCUACAUGAAGAACCUGGCUGUCUCCGACCUGCUCCUGGUGGUGUCCCUGCCCAUCCGCAUCUACUACUACAGCAAGCGGCCCGACCUGGGGGACCAGGUCUGCGAGAUCACGGGGCUGCUGCUGCUGGUCAACAUGUACGGGAGCAUCUUCCUGCUGACCUGCAUCAGCUGGGACCGCUGCAUGGCCGUCUGCUUCCCGAUGCACCCGUGGGUCCAGGCGCUGCGCAAGCAGGCCAAGUACAUCUGCCUGGGUGUCUGGCUGCUGAGCUGUGCCGGCACCGUGCCCACCUACUUCACCCGGAUGAAGGAAGACGGGACGAUGAAGCACUGCUUCGACAACCAGCCCAAGUACGUCACCCAGCGCAGCGUGUCCUCGGCCAUGGCCCUGUGCUUCGCCCUGCCGCUGCUGGUCAUGGUGGUCUGCUCCUGGGCCCUGCUCCGCGCCAUCCACCGCAGCGCGGCCGCCCAGAUGGAGCUGGUGAACAGCGCCAAGAUCCGCAGCAUGAUCGUGGCCAACGUCACCAUCUUCCUGGGCUGCUUCCUGCCUUUCCACCUGGUGCUGAUCUGCUACCAAGUGGACGCCCUGAAGGGCGAGACGCUGGACUUUUCCUACCGCUGCACCUUGCUGGUGGCCUCCGCCAACGCGGCCCUGGACCCGCUGGCCUAUUACUUCGCCACCGAGACCUUCCAGCGCAUGGUGGUGAUGGACAACCUACGCAAGGCCUGGGGCUUUCACACCGACAGUGCCGAGGGGCAGAGCCGCUCCCAGACCGCGCUCAGGCAGUGCAUCUACCUGCAGAACAUCAUGGCCGUGCCAAACAGCACCCCGCUGGUGGGGAGCCCCAGCAGGGAGCCCCGGAGCUAACGGGCCACACAAG